AUUCUUGUCAGGCAACCUCACCCUCAUUUUCUCGUGUUGGUUUAUAGACACGGUGCCGGCCACCUUACCAUAAUCAUGUCCAGCUCUGUCUUCUUAGGGUCUCGUUCGCCCUCCAUGACAUCGCUGAGCCUACUGGACGACCCGGCGCGCCGGCGGCACGAGGCCAAGGCGUUCAGCCACUGGAAGGAGGUCUUCGCUUCGUUCCUGCUCCUAGCGUCUUUCGUCAUGGUCCUGAUGUUCAUCAUAGGAUGGAACAAAAACAUGACAUCUGAUCCCAAAUCGUUCCGGGGUUCUCGUCAAAGGGGUCCCUUCGGUCUUCCCGAGACGGCCCCGCCUCAGGACCAAGAACUGGCGAUGGAAGUUACGCCGCGCCGCAUGUGGCGGCCACACAAGGCGGUGAAGCCAAGUGCAACACUUCACUGUGCCGCCACAUGA